AUGUGCAUUAAUGCUACGUGGAGUGCUACGAUCGAUGACGAUGUAUGCUGGGAUGGUACGCAAAUCGUGGAUAACACUGAAGUUGACGUCGGAAACUCAUCCAUUGCCAGUGAUAUUGGAUCGAAUUUCACAACAAGUGUAUUUUUAAACGAGCGAUUGAAACUGUUGAUACUAUCGAAUCGCUUACUGGAAAGCUAUGAGCCGAGGCGAUUUUACAAUGAAAGUGUCGACAGCGAAGAAGUAGAAGCAAGCGCCGAAAUAAAGGAUGCCGGUAGUGGUUCGGACGAGAAUUUACCACCUGUGGUUGUUGACAUUGCUGGUUCGCAUCGAGAUGUUACAGAAACGCCAACUCUUAGGGGAUCCAUUCCGAAAACAACCAGUAGUAGCAGUAUCAGCAGCAGCGGCACUAGCACUACCAGAGCGAUAAUCGAACUCAAUUAA